AGCGGGGGCGCGGCGGAGCCGGGAGCCGCCCGCGUCUAGAGCGGUCGGUGCGCCAUGGAGCUCGGGGGCCCUGGGGCGCCGCCCCCGCUGCUGCCCGGGCUGCUGCUGCUCCUGGGGACCGGCCUCCUGCCGGUGCGCAGCCACGUGGAGACCCGGGCCCACGCGGAGGAACGGCUCCUGAAGACCCUCUUCUCCGGCUAUAACAAGUGGUCCCGGCCCGUGGCCAACAUCUCAGAUGUGGUCCUUGUCCGCUUCGGCCUGUCCAUUGCCCAGCUCAUUGACGUGGAUGAGAAGAACCAGAUGAUGACAACGAACGUGUGGGUAAAGCAGGAGUGGCAUGACUACAAGCUGCGCUGGGACCCUAGUGACUACGAGAACGUCACCUCCAUCCGCAUUCCCUCCGAGCUCAUCUGGCGGCCAGACAUCGUCCUCUACAACAAUGCGGAUGGGGACUUUGCUGUUACCCACCUGACCAAGGCCCACCUGUUCCAUGACGGGCGGGUACAGUGGACGCCCCCCGCCAUCUACAAGAGCUCCUGCAGCAUCGACGUCACCUUCUUCCCCUUUGACCAGCAGAACUGCACCAUGAAGUUUGGGUCCUGGACCUAUGACAAGGCCAAGAUCGACCUGGUGAACAUGCACAGCCGUGUGGACCAGCUGGACUUCUGGGAGAGUGGAGAGUGGGUCAUUGUGGACGCGGUGGGCACCUACAACACACGGAAGUAUGAGUGCUGCGCUGAGAUCUACCCUGACAUCACCUACGCCUUCAUCAUCCGGCGGCUGCCACUGUUCUACACCAUCAACCUCAUCAUCCCCUGCCUGCUCAUCUCCUGCCUCACCGUGCUGGUCUUCUACCUGCCCUCUGACUGCGGUGAGAAGAUCACGCUGUGCAUCUCCGUGCUGCUGUCGCUCACUGUCUUCCUGCUGCUCAUCACCGAGAUCAUCCCAUCCACCUCGCUGGUCAUCCCGCUCAUCGGCGAGUACCUGCUCUUCACCAUGAUCUUCGUCACACUGUCCAUCAUCAUCACGGUCUUCGUGCUCAACGUGCACCACCGCUCGCCGCGCACGCACACCAUGCCCGCCUGGGUGCGCAGGGUUUUCCUGGACAUCGUGCCGCGCCUGCUCUUCAUGCAGCGGCCCUCUGUGGUCAAGGACAACUGCCGGCGGCUCAUCGAGUCCAUGCACAAGAUGGCCAGCACCCCGCGCUUCUGGCCCGAGCCCGAGGGGGAGCCCAACAUGCUGAGCGGCUCCCGCAGUCAGGGUCCAUCUCCCACCCCGUCCUUCAGUGUCCCUCCAGAGAUGCCAGCGGAACCCCAGCCUUCAUGCAAGUCACCCUCCAGCCAGGCGCCUGCUCUGCAGCCCUCAGGGGCCGAGAAGGGCAGCCCCUGCCCCUCACCUAGCCCUUGUCCCCCACCCAGCAGCACCAGCGGCUCUGGGCUCACCAAAGCCAGGUCCCUGAGCGUCCAGCACAUGUCCAGUCCCCACGAGGCAGCAGAGGGCAGCGUCCGGUGCCGGUCUCGGAGUAUCCAGUACUGCGGUCCCCGGGACGGUAAUGCCUCCCAGGCCAACAGCCCGACCGCUGGCCCCCCAACCUCUGUAAAGGCCCGCUCAGCUGAGCUGCCCCCAGACCAGCCCUCUCCAUGCAAGUGCACGUGCAAGAAAGAGCCACUGGUGGUGUCCCCGGUCACUGUGCUCAAGGCCCGUGGCACCAAAGUGCCACCCCGGCACCUGCCCCUGUCACCAGCCCUGACUCGGGCGGUUGAGGGUGUCCAGUACAUUGCCGAUCACCUGAAGGCAGAAGACUCAGAUUUCUCGGUGAAGGAGGACUGGAAGUACGUGGCCAUGGUCAUCGACCGCAUCUUCCUCUGGAUGUUCAUCAUCGUCUGCCUGCUGGGCACCGUGGGCCUGUUCCUGCCGCCCUGGCUGGCCGGCAUGAUCUAGGGAGGGAGCUGGCAUGGCCCAGGCACCUGUAGGACGCAGCGGGACUGGGCCUGCUUGUCCCUGAACCCCAGCUCCGGGGGGCCAUGCCACUCUUUGUCCCUUAUCUUCCGUGCCUGCUGUGAGACAGCCUUGGAAAAAGACACUGCCUCCCACGGGAGCUGGACUUUGGGUGCUGGUUCCGGUCAUGCAAUGGCCGGGAGGGGGCAGGGGGCUGGCAUGGGAUUGUUCUGUCCACAGGGCAGUGUUGUGGCAAAGGCCCAUUAAAGGUUCUCCAGAGCAGAUGGCACAUGGCCCUCCUGACCUGCAGACGGCACAUGCCUGCCUGAGCCUCUCAGAUGCCCCGUGAGUGUCCUGUCAAGGGGUCACGAGGCUCUGUCCCCUCUCCGUCCCCUCUCCCUUGUUUCCAUGGGGUCCAGCACCCCAGGCAGCUCCCUGUGCUGUGACGUCACAUGCCCUGCCCGCCAGGGGGACCCAGGUGCGUUCAUCUUGUCUCGCUGGGCUCAGUUCCUGAGAACCGAGUGCCAUGCUGAGGAAACUCAUGCGGAAGCUGUGUAGACAGCCCUGUUCGGAGGGGCUCCGUGCAGCCAGGCCCGAGUGUCCAGGCUCAUGGGGACCUGUGGCAAGCACUACCCAGAGGCCCGGUGAGCCCAGAACCCUGAAGGCACUUGUCUGGGGAUUCCCCUGGGGGGACCCAAGCAGGCUCAGGCCGCUCCUGGCUCUCCUCUGACACCCCCCACCAUACAGCCUGGCAGACUGCAGGAAGGCUUUCCUGUCACAGUCGCUGUGCUUCAGCCAUGGUCCCCUGCAGCGCAACUGGGACCUUGGGCAGCAGGGGUGGAAGGAGCCCAAGCCGUGUUACAGGUCAGGGACCCCUGGGGCUUCCAGACAGGCCAGAGCCUUCUGACUUGUCCUCCAAGGGUCUCAGAGCAAGGAGUGGCCUUACCUGGCCUCCUGGCUUGUCCAGAAGUGUGGGGGCUGAGGUGGUACCCCCAGCAGACAGCGAUCCCAAGUGCCUGGGCGCCAGGGCAGGAGGCAUCUUCCUGUGCAGUGGCCCCAGCCCUGCCCCUCCAUGGACCCCCACGAGCCAAGGGGCCCGGUUCCCGAGGCCCUCUCAUCUCUAGCCUGAGCUGAAAUCUUGCCAGGGGCAGGAGGUACUUGGGAGAAUUGGAAGAACUUGAAGAGCUUGGAGCUGAUGCACACCACACACUGGCCCAUGUGGCAGCCACCAUGAGGUUGCUGGUCUCUGCUGGACAGUGACGUGAGGAUGGGGGAGCCACCUGGGGCUAAUGCCACCCAUAGCUGCCACCUGCAGACACCCUAGGGUCCCUGGGGAAAAGGGGCCCUGAGUUGUACCAGUAGUGGGAUGCAGAGGCCUAAGCGCCAAAUCCUGGGCAUCCCCAGGCCUCCGCACUGGCCCAGGGCACUGAGGGCUCUACCUGCUGAGCAAGGUCUGCACUGGUGCCAACCACCCCCUGCCUGCGCCUCAGCAGGGUCCCCAGGACAUUCCCAGAGACCCCAGGUGGGUGAGUUCACGCAGCUGAGGGUUGGGGAAGCAGGCUGGAAGGUCACGGAGGAUGCAGAUUUCAGAUGUGAGCUCCAAGAUCUGAGUUGCAUAAGCAGAUCCAGCUGACAGAUGUGUGGGCAGCUGUGGAGCCCCUGGGCAGGGCAGCUGCAGAUGUUCUUUUCUGGGUCAGGACAAGUGAGUAGCUGGGGUACCCCUGCCAGGCAGCUCUCCUGUACCCAGCGACGCCAGGAAAGGAGAUAAAGGGCUGCAUCUCCCGCACCCAGCUUCUCAUAUUUGCCUGCAGUGUUGAUUUGUGAUUGAGGUAAAGUUUACUUACGGCAAAAUGCACGAGCCGAGUCCUCUGGGCCAGUGAGUGUGAAGAAAGAGGACAGCACUGCCCCUGGCCUUCCAGUGCAUGGGCACCAUCCCCCAGUGCUGCGAGGCCUCUGUCCUCCCCGCUGGGGCCAGCAGCAGCUCUGACCUGACCCCUGAGCCUGGCAGCACCAGGCCCUGCAGGCUCAGGGCGAGGAUGGCACGUCAGAACCUUGGGCUGGGGCUUUCCUCAUUCAGUAUGGUGAUGUCGGUGUUCGUCUGUGUCAUGUGCAUUGUAGUUCAUCGCUGUGCUGCAUCUUGGUUCUUAGUUGCCGAGCAGUGUUCUGUCUGAAUAAACAGUCACAGUGUGUUUA